AUGUCUGAGGAAGACCAAAAUUCCAAGGAGAUUGUAUCAUCGUAUGAUGAAAUAUUAGAGAUUACAGGAUUGUUAACUAUGCGUGAUAAUUCAAUACCAUGUGUCACUGAAAAGAAAGAGACUCCUGAUUCAGCGGAUAAUAUCAAUAAUGGUGAUGUUAAUAAUGAUGAUAUUGUAUUACCAAUACCAAGUUGUACACAAUUACCACUUAGUUCUAGUCUGGUAUCCUUAAUUGAAGAUGGUGAUCCGAAUUGUCGAACAAUUUCAAUUGCUAAAACCAAAAAUAAUAACGUCGGCUUUACAUUUACAGAAAUAAAACAGGGUUUAUUUGUUUCUUAUGUAGACGAAAGAUCUUCUGCAAAGUUGAAUAAAGUACGUUUUGGUGAUAAGAUUCAAUGUAUAAAUGAUGUAGAAGUUACAUCUUAUAAUCAAGCUAAACAACUUAUUGAAGAAACACAUCCAACUGUAAAUUUUUCUUUUCUUGACUGCCCUUAUAGAGAAGUUAAAACAAUUUAUAAAAUUCAUGGAAAAUGUGGUCUUUUCAUUAAUGAUGGUAUGAUUUUAGAUCGUACAAAAUAUUUUAGUGGAAAAAGUGAUAAAAUUCCAUUAAAUUAUUAUAUUACUGAAAUUGAUGGUCAUAAUACGGUUCGUUUAUUAGAUGAAAAAAUAGUUUUAUUAGUGGAACAUGCUAAUUCACCAUUCACUCUUCAUAUUGUACCUCAAUGGUUUUAUGAAUAUCUUGUUUUUGGAUUAGAUCCAUCAGGAAAUGAAGUCAAAAAAGUUUUAGAUAAUUAUCAAUAA